AAUAUAGAAGAUUAUUCGUGACCUCUUCCACGCUGCCAGCCCCAUCAAUAAUUGAUAAUGUUCUUUCGAAUCCCUGAUCUAUUACAAUGCAAUUGUCGCCCUCGUCCAGAACUCUGCUAUCAAUGACGCGACUCUUUUGUUUUAGUUGGCGACGCUCCCCACGCUACGCCAUGUCUACUAUGUCACAAUCGUCACAAUCUAGCCAAGAACCGUUCAUUCCGGGUGUAGUGCUCAACAGCGAUACUGGGCGGGCUUAUGAGAUUCAAGAAGUUCUCGCAGAGCGGCGAAAGCCCUUUCUAUGCGUAUAUCACGCGCGCGCCGAAGGACGUGACUACGUUAUCAAAAAUAUAAAUCCGGGCGAUUUUCAGUACCAGCUGGAUUUCCAAAGGUCGCUGUCUUCGUGCUCAAAUGUGCGAACAGUGAUUGAUAGCAUUCGCGAGCAUAAACUGUUGAUUUAUCCUUUUUUUAGGGAAGACCUGCUUCAGUUUGUUUUAAAAGGGCCGCCCGAAGCGACAAGAAGGGGUAUUCUUCGAGAGGCUUUGCGUGGUCUUAUUGAGCUACAUGAUAGACAUAUUGCACAUAAUGAUAUAAAACCCAACAACAUUCUCCUCAACUACGAGAUCAUUGACACCGCCACAGGCGAAGUAAAAAUCGAUAAAGUGCAGAUCGCAGACCUGGAGGACUGCGUCGUUGUGCCGCCAGGAAAAUGGCUAAGGGGUCCGCUGUGCGGUAAUCAAAUGUGGAGAAGCCCCGAGGCAUGGGCCCGCUCGCGCCAGAAUCAGGCCUCUGAUGUGUUUUCUUUUGGCGUUGUGAUGAUCUACGUCAUGUUCUACAAGAUGGUCUUUCGCGUCAGCAACGACCAGCUCCAUGCACAAGAGUCGUGGCGCUACAUUCUCCGCCGACACAUAUCCUAUUUUGCUGACAACGAUGGCCUCAAUGGCCUUCUUGAUCACAUUGGGGAAGAAAACCCCUUUCAUAAGCGCCUCAUCGAACUUGCCGGCGACUUUUCUCCACAGGACCCCCGGCAGCCUUUUGAGUAUUGGCAUUUCGUUGACCCAGAUCUAAGGAAUUUAGUAGGCAAAAUGACGAGUUUGGAUCCAACGAAAAGAAUAAGUGCGCGAGAAGCGCUUCAGCAUCGGUGGUUUAGCAAGGCUCUUUGAGGACCACACGGGUCGAUGUCAUAACCUUUUCAAUAAUCAAGAAUUGUACGAUAGUAGCUGAAAACAUUGAGACGCAAAUCUGAAUCUUACAUUCCACUCUAAACAUAUCUAAAUCUUAUACAGGAUGAAGAGGGAGACGGCUAAACAUGAGAUAAAAGCUGGGAA